AGAUCGCUCUAUAAUAAGGACUCAGCCUAUGACUCUGCCUUGCACUGCUACAUAUCUUAUGACAAUAAAUAACCUGUACUGCUGUUCACUGAAUAACCACACCACUCUCAGAAUGUCGCGUGUUCUAACAUUUGCAACAACAAACAUACCCGCGAGCACAAUUAAAACUCUCCAAGAAGAAAGCAUCAUCCCCGAAUAUGCGUUUAAUCUCUUCACUUUCAUACACUCCCCCAACCAAGAAGAGGUACAAGUAAAGGGGACCCCCCCUGCCGAGGACAUCGUGACCGGUUUCCAAGACCAGAGUGAUGCAGAGAUCCGCCAAAAUUUCUACCAAUUCCUUGCGGGUAAGGGCACAAUGGGCAAGAUUACAAAGGUCUGGUUCGCUGUGCUCGACGAACAGUCAGUUACCCAGUCUACGAUUGUUUUGCAUCACGGCAUGAAGAAGUCGCUCUGGGAUGAGAUCCAUGCGGAAGUCCCGGAAACCCCCAUUCCGGGACAGUAUGAGGUCUGUGAUGAUGGGAAUAUCUGGUGGAAGUGGCGGGUGCCAUUCAGAUACGCCUGGGCAAUUUGGAAUUCGAUUUCUAGUUGCGAUUUUGAGGUCUUGGAGUUAUAUUCGCGGCCGGAAUACUUGGGAUCCGAUGGGGUUGUUGAUGCAGAAACUUGUGAUAAGAUUGUGAAUGGGGAAUUAAAUGACUCAAAGGGAAUGGUCUAGAACAACAUGCUAUCUUCUCUCAUCAAGUGCAGCGCU